UUAUUUUUAUUUUUUACACUGACCUACUCUAGGUAAUUAAAAUCUUUAAAUAAUUAAAUGAUCAACUACAGAACUUACAGAGGACUAUGUAAGGGAGCUUGUCUACACAAAUACUCAAAUCCAGCUGCUGCAAAGUCGUGAUGUGCGUUUGAUACCGGUAAUUAGAAAAUUUGUUGUUGGAGAUACACCGAUGGUGAAACUGUCGCAUAUGUUUGGUGCACCGGCACUAGCAAUGCCAUUGCUUGUACCAUCGCUAAUCGAUGAACGCGUUGCAAACUACGAAGAAAUACUGCAGGAACUCAAAGAUUCUCAAAUUAAACUACAAACAGAAAUAACUAACUUGCUAGGUGUCUCUGUUCCUGAAAGAGGUCUACUAAAUACUGUAAUGAGAAGUCUGGGUUGGACACGUGAUUCGACGGAGUCAUUUUACUUGUAUGACUCUCGUGUGUUUGUGAAACUUGGACAGGAAAGAAAAGACCUAACUCGUGGAGCUAUAAAAGUAUAUAUCAAUCUUGCAUCAAGACCGGCCCAUGAAGACUACGGAGAUUGUAACCUAAUGUGUCGGUUGAAGGGCGUAAACAGAACUAUAUUACACCCGGAUUCUUUUGUUACACUAGCUGAAGUAGUCGGUGAUCAGUGUCGUCUAACCGAUUAUCACGAAAAUACAAUCGUCGUCAAUUGCAUUGGGGAUGACUAAUUAGAAAAACACCAUUAAUAUAGUAAAAAGUAUUCACUUGCUUCUCGAUUUUAAUCAUUUACACCAUUUAUCUUAGACAUUAACUCAUUAAAAUGUAUACAGUACUAUUGUUAUUAUAUUUAAAUAAUUAUUCCAAACCACAAUUGUAUCCAAAUUAUCAAAUUUAAUGUAUCUUAUAAUAAAUCGUUUUACUUACGAUUAUAAA